GGCCACAAGCGCAACUUUUACGCACCGGCAGGAAGAGAAGACAGAGAGGAGAGACGCGACUAUAAGAGGAGGUUUCUGUUUUCUCUCAAUCCACUUCAGCCGAUCCAGUUUCUCAAAGCUUUAAGAGAAUGAUGCUGCAGCACUCGGGUCCCUCGCUGGCUGACAUCAGCUGCUCUGCCCUGGUGCCCUGCCUCUCCCCGCCGGGCACACUCACCCUGGAUGACUUCACCAACUUCACACCCAUCGUGAAAGAGGAGCUCAGGCUGGCCAUCCAGACCAAGCGGCUGUCCAACGGGCUCAGCGCCGACAUCAGCUCGGACGGCGCCAGCUCCAGCUCGGACCGAGGCUUUGAGCAGCACGGCUGUGUUUCCCGAGUCAAGAGAGAGUUGACGUCUGAGGAGCACGACAGGAGGAAGAGGAGGAGGGAGAGGAACAAGAUUGCUGCUGCAAAGUGUCGCAACAAGAAGAAGGAAAAGACUGAAUGUUUGCAGAAGGAAUCAGAGAAGCUGGAGAGCGUCAAUGCUGACCUGAAGGCUCAGAUCGAGGAGCUGAAGCAGCAGAAGCAGCAGUUGGUCUACAUGCUCAACCUGCACCGACCGACCUGCAUCGUCCGAGCCCAGAACGGACAAACACCCGAGGACGAGAGGAACCUCUUCAUCCAGCACAUCAAGGAAAGCACCUUACAACUCCACAACCUCACCUCCACCUCCACCACCUCCUCGUCCACAUCCACCUCCACGGUGGCACCUCUAGACGCAGGACUUCUGACCCUCGACCACAUUCAUUGUACCGGUCAUCAAUAGGUGAUUUUGUGUCAGUUUUCUAAGACUUACAAUGCUUCUACCUGGCGCAGGUGGAGCUGCCACAAAGACUUAUGACCCGAGAAUGACAGUGAAAUAUGACGAAAGCCACCUUGGGAUAACUCCUGGGCCUCAUUCACCGUCCACAAAGCUGCUAGAGAGAGCACCUCCCACUCCCUGAAAUCGUAGCUGCUGAUUGGACAGAAAGUGACAUACAGCGGACAGCACCUUUACAUGCAUUAUGUAUUUCGUUUAAAACAUGACAAACAGUCAGAGCCAAGGAGAGACGAUAGAGCACUAAAAAAAUAUAUAUAUCCAUUGCAGUUUUUUAUUUACUGAUAUUGAAGGAGAUGAGUUAGAUUUAGUGUCUGAAUUUUUGUACCAAAGCGCGAUUUCAAGGUGAUCAAGGCACAUAAUUUCACUGUUCACCCACAAAGAAAGUAGACGCACACUGAUGGGUGAGUGUGUACAGACAUUUGAGUGUGUGUGAGCUACUUAAAAAAAAAGACAUUGUUGUUUGUGCUUAGUGCAUAGAAGAUAGUAUAUUUAUUAUAGUAACUGCUGUAUGACCUGUUAUUGCCGUAUCAACCCUGUCUGCUAGUCAUUUAUACCACAUGAACUACUAAAUCUGCUGCUACUAACCACUCAGGAUCUAUACUGGCUGUAGAAGUCAAAUUCAUGUUUUUUUUUUUAUUGCCUCAUUUAAAAGCAAACAGUAGCAGUCACAUUAAGGAAAUGUAUUUUGCAGGCAGGGAUUAUAUUUCUGCACUUAAGGAAAAAGCAUAGUAAAAUUUAUAAUCCAUAUAUGCAGAUGAUACCUUACUUUUCGUAACAAUUUGAAAUUCGCAGGCAAACAAAAGUGAAGAAAAAAAAUGAUUACUGUAUACAAUUUCACAAAUACACUUUAUCACUGCAUUCCCUCUUAACAGAAACUAGUGUUGCUUAAACAUCUUCUGUGACGAUGAAGCUACACAAGUACGUAUGAGUGUUAUUUUUCAGAUGUGUUGUUUUCUACCUAAAAUCUUGUAUGUUGUAUCGACUGCGCAUUAACUCUGUGCUUCUUUAUGUAAACACCGGAUGCCUCCUUUGGUCUUGACAGAGCAAAACAAAAAAGAUUGUGUUAUUUUUUAAAGAUGUAUUUAUUAAUUCAUGACAUUUGGUUUGGAAGUUGUGUUCACUAGAUAUCAGUAGCUAGGUAUCGGAAGUGUUGCAUCAGCUUUUGGCCCAUUCUCUAACACGUCUGACUCUGAAGUUAUGCAAGAUGAUGUGAUAUUAUACUGUGUGUUAUGAGCUUUAACGGUAUCCAGGCUUCGACGUACUGCCAAACCCCUCCUUCCACUCCCUUUUCCAUUUUCUGGCCUGUUAGAGUGAAAUCACCCCUCAAGGGAAAUGUGGUUUAUUGCGCAAACAGAAACUGAGGAAGUGUAAUACUCGAGAGUUAAGAGGAUAUUUUCUUGUCAAAUACUAUUCAUAAAAUUGAUCCAGCGUGUUAAUCAUUAGCCAUGUAUCUAUGAGGAAGACAUUGAAACCCUCCUCUUCCUCAGUCAUUGCAAUUUGAGCUAAAACAUCAAAAGGGAAACUCUGGUUAUCAGUAUUUGAGUAAUUGUCAAAAAUCCGUAACACUUCACCAAGCAGACUGAGUGUAAAUCAUGUUAGCAUCAUCUUUGUGUGUUAGUGUUAAAGAUUAUCUUAAAGGUGUGUCACUAUUGGGGAAAUAUCCCCGAGUAGUACAUGACAGAAGAGUAAAAAAAAUCUAUGUAUUUUGAUUUUGAGCGGCACAUUAUAAAUGUUCAUGAUGAGGACUGAAGUUUUAUAUUUUCUGUUUGCAUGGUUGAAGUUUCACAGAAGAAGGUUUAUAUUGUUCAUCGUGUGUUAUGUAAGCAAAAAAAAAACAAAACUUUGAAGGUCACACGGUUAAAGAGAUGCAGGCGUCUGCGUGUGUUAGUGUGUAUGUUGUUUUUGUGAUUGAAGUUGUUCGCUGUCUUGUUGCUAGGUUGCUACUGAGCACUGAGUUUGACUCGUAUGUAUUCUAUUGUGCCUACUACUGGAGGCUUUUUUUUUAUUAUUAUUUUUUUUCAUGUAGCCACUUGACUGUCGGAGCAUCAAGCCUGAACAAAUAAACUGUUGGCUGUCAGGUACAACUGCACUGCUACUACCAAUGUGUACUUCCAUCUUCGUGAUCUGUCAAUUUUUGUUUUUGAUACUUUGUUAAAUAAAAAUAUGUAUUGCCAAUGA